CAUGAUGUUGAUGCCGGAACCCUAAAGAAGGUUCUUCUCUCCGAUGGAGCAGCGGUGAUCGUAAAAGGGGCCCGGUCAGUAAGCUUGUGGCGCCCUCUCGACCUCCCCCUCCCCCUAAAUCGUAGCAAACUCCCCAUCGCCUCUGGUCUCCUAAACAUAGCCGAGGCUCUCCGAAGCUCCGCACGCUCGUCCGACCAACCACUAGUCUCUCUUCGCAUCGUCGGCCCCUCGUCCCUCACCUCAUCCACAUCCUCCUCUCCCAAGCUCAAGCUAAAACGCCUCUCUCCAGGUCUAGUCGAGCUCUCUUCCCGCUCCUCCAUCCCUGCACCAUCCCCCCAAGAUGUACCCAACCCGCCGCGAAACCUCUGGCCUCUCACCUCGUUGAACGGCUCCGACGCCAACCUCAGAGGGUUCGAAGAGCUGCUAUCUUCAGUCCUUGGGAAGAAGGGGCUUGAGAAGGGCACGUUCAGGCUGCUGAAGGCGGAGGUGUCGGCUCAGACCUACAUGAAGAUGAGUUUCUUUGUGGAGAAGAAGAUAGCCGACGGAGAUGUGGAUUGGUCACGGUUUCCGUCGUGGAAGACGAAGCCGGAGAAGGUGGCGGCACACUUCCAAGUGUUGGCCAGGGUGGAAGGAGGAGGGAGGAAGGUGGUGCCGGAGAGAAUUCAGGAGAUUCAGCCCAUACCAACUGAAGAUAGUGUGUUGGACAGUGUGCAGACUGGGAACAAAUCUAUGACCCAGGUGCCGCUCAUCUUCCCACCACCAACCGCCUUCACCCUGUAAAUCUAUCUGCUUCCAGAAUUUGUUUAUAGUGUUUUCUGAUUUAUCAUACAAAACAGAACAAUGGCUGGGAAAUCUAUAUAUUACACACAAAAACAUCCCUUUUUUAUUAAAGUAAAUGA